AUGUGCUUUUGGUUAUGUAUUUCAACUGGUACCAAACUAAACAAGAGGCUAUCGGUUAGGGUGCUUUCGAGAGAGACAGAUACUUUGCAUGACACGCAAAGCCUUUUUUACCCCGAUGAUUACCGCAAACUCGUAGAAUUUAGAGGACGGCUAGUUGCCAUGAAAAUCAGCUCUAUCUGGAUCUUCACUCUUCCGAUCAUUGCAAUCUGCAGUGCAUCCGCAUUUCCCGUUAACGCUACGACGGCCUUGGAUCUGCUCGAUCACAAUGCCAGAGAAGUUCUGAGGCGCGCGACGCCAGCUGCGCCGCAUUUCGUUGUUUACGCUGAUUCCUAUGACCCCUCGACGACAGGGCCUCCUGCGGCGUCUGCAAUCAAAGGAUUCAACGUUUUCGCAUUAUCGUUCCUUCUCAUUGAAGGCGCCUGGGACAAGGCGUACGAGUGGACCACAUUCACAGAUGCUCAGCGCACUACUAUCAAGUCCCAGUAUGCCUCUGCUGGUAUUAAGCUUGUGGUUUCCGUGUUCGGGUCGACGGAUGUUCCAACAUCUACUAACGCGGAUCCCAUCGCCACUGCAAAUACUAUGGCAGCCUGGGUGAAACAAUAUCAGUUGGACGGCAUCGAUGUUGAUUAUGAGGAUUUCAAUGCCUUUGCAGCUGGCGACGGCAAAGCUGAGGCAUGGCUAAUUUCGUUCACAAAGCAAUUACGAACCCAGCUGCCCCAAGGAACAUAUCUGCUGACCCAUGCUCAGGGUGCCUCUGAGUAUACCACAUGUGCGAACCUUCUCACCACAUCUUCGAACACAUGGCCAAAAACUGCCGUUUUCCAAAUCGCUGCUAACGGAGUGCCGCUGGAAAAAAUUGUAAUCGGCAAACCGGCGACCUCCAGUGAUGCUAGCAACGGCUUCAUGUCCACUUCUACUCUCGCGAGCUGCUUGCAGCAAGCUAAGAAUAACGGAUGGACCGGUGGAGCCAUGGUCUGGCAGUAUCCCAAAGCAACUUCGUCCUGGAUAACUGCCGUACGUUCUCUGUCUUGGCCUGUUUAA